CACUCUGAGUUGACAGACCGUGCGCGUCCUCCGGCGAGCUCGCAAGGGCUAUGUGAUUCGGAAAAACAGUGUAUAUAAAUACAAAUAUUUCUAAUAAACAAUUCGAUUUAUAAUCUAGUGUUAUGCACGAGUGCGUUUUCAAGUGAAUAGUUUGUAGUUGUGUUAUCUUGUUGGACAUUAUUUGGCAGCGUGGAUUUUAUGUGAUAACAAUAAUUAGGAUAUUAUAUUCCUCGAAUGACUCGGCAUUGACUACGUAGCGUCUGCGUACCUACCUACAUGAAAGAAGCGAUAUUCAGUUAGAUAACACCUCGGUGAAUUGACGCGUGUGAUGUUAUAAAGAAACAUGAGUGAAUUAGGUGGAGUAGAUCGGUCGGCAAGGCCGGGCGCGGGGGGUUGAGGGGGUCGAGGGGGUCGAGCGAUGCUGGUGCGAGGGUGCGCGGCUGGCGACCUGCGGAGCUCCAUCGCGGAGCGCACCAAGGCGUUGGCGGCCAAGUGCCAUGCUCUGCGGUCGCCGGCCCGCGACCAUCGCAGCCUGGAGCGCCGCCGCACCAGAUACCGCAAGUCCCAGACGCGAUGGUAUGUGAAGCAGCCGACAUGGCGGUUAUGGGGCGAGGAGCGCGUGGAUGGUGCCAUAUAUACAGUCUAUUUGAAGAAAGUGCGCUACCAUCGUCCCACCCGUUGCGCUUCUAGUGAAUCAGAUGAUGAGAUCUCUCACUUGGAGUGGGAGACGGUGCGUGUGAGGUUCGUGAAGGCGGGCACCGUCGAGCGGCUGGUGGAGGCGCUGGCCACCGACGACGGGGAGCUCGAGUCCACAUACGUCAAUGUCUUCCUCGCUACAUACCGAUCAUUUGCUGAGUGCAGCAGAGUUCUGGACCUGCUCCUGCGCAGGUACGAAGCCCUAGCCGCCGAGGAUGUGUCGUCAGCGGGUGAUACCUCACAGCAGCACAGAAAGACUCUGGUGGCAUGUCUCCACGUUUGGUUGGACACCUACCCGGAGGACUUUCGCCAGCCCCCGCACCAUCCCGCACUGCAGCAGCUUCUCGCCUUUACACAGCUUCAUUUGCCUGGCUCUGAGCUACAUUCGAAGGUGUUACAGAAGCUAGCAUUUUUCAGUGCCGAUCGCAAUGGCAGCUCCGCUGGCGGCGGCGCGGGGGUGUGCCUGGCGCCCGGCAUGCGCCUCCCCGCACACCUCACCAGCGCUUACCGUCUGCCUCACGUUCCCCACCGCCAUUUUGCCGAGCAACUCACUCGAAUGGACAUGGAACUAUUUAAGAAAGUCGUGCCCCAUCAAUGCUUAGGAGCGGUCUGGUCUCGCAGGGACAAGGAUAGAUCGCACGACGCCGCGACCGUCCUAGCUACGGUCAACCAGUUCAAUGCCGUGUCCUUCCGUGUCAUAUCGACCGUCCUAGUCGAACCGAAUCUCAGGCCCCUGGAGAGAUCGGACAUACUCGCCGCCUGGCUCGACAUAGCCCGAGAGCUGAGGGUACUGAAAAACUUCUCGUCGUUGAAAGCUAUCAUUUCGGGUCUGCAGAGCAAUCCCGUUUAUAGACUGAAAAAAACUUGGGCUCUCCUAUCCAAGGAGAAGGCCGAGCUAUUCGAGGAGCUGGCUAGAAUAUUCAGCGAAGACAAUAACAGGUGGGCCCAACGCGAGCUUCUAAUGCGAGAGGGUACCGCAAAAUUCGCGGACACGGUCGGCGAAAACGAUAGACAUUUGCAAAAAUUAUUGCACGAGCGAGGGUCUCCCGGGGUCAGUCACGGAACGAUACCCUACUUGGGGACUUUCCUGACGGACCUGACGAUGAUCGACACGGCGAUCCCCGAUACCGUAGGCGAAGGUCUCAUCAAUUUCGAUAAAAAAAGAAAGGAAUUCGAAGUUUUGGCCCAAAUAAAACUGCUGCAGGGCGCCGCCAACGCCUACCACUUGGCCACCGACCCGAUGUUCGACAGAUGGUUCGAUUCCGUUCUAGUUCUCGACGACAAGGAGGCGGACAAGCUGUCGUGUCAAAUCGAGCCGCCCACGAACGUCCCCAAGGAGCGCCGUCCCAAAAAGUCGAGUGAGAAUAAUGGGAACUGCCAUAGAAAGAACGACUCCAUCGCGAGCACCAGCUCCAGUAACAGCUCACAGUUUUACUGCGAGACCGACGGCGGCGGGCUCGCCAAGAGGGACAGCCUGGAGAGGCGAAUAUCUCCGACGAGGCUCUCCCACGGCUCCUCGUCGUCGUCGAUACCCUCGCUAGACGUCUCGCUGUCGAGCGCGAACAGCGGACAGAAGGGGGCGAACGGCAAGGGCGUCGGGAUCAGUCCGGCUCACAACAGGAGCGGGCCAGACUUUUAUAUAAUUCGUGUCACGUACGAAACCGAUAACGUCGAGACGGACGGCGUGGUGCUGUACAAGUCUAUAAUGCUAAGCAACAACGAGCGCACGCCGCAGGUGAUACGCAACGCGAUGCUGAAACUAAAUCUCGACGGCGAUCCCGAUACAUACACGCUAGCACAGGUGUUGCCGGAAAGAGAAAUGGUAUUGCCGGCGAACGCGAACGUAUACUACGCAGUGAACACGGCGUACAACCUGAACUUCAUCCUGCGGCCGCGGCGGAGCGGACAGGGCGAGGCGCUCGCGAACGGCAAGGCGCGCGGCAAGCGGAGUUGAUCGUGUCCCCCCGACGCCGUCGACGCCGUCGCGGCAUUGUUCUGUGGGUUUUUACCUUGUAGUGUAAUAUGAUUGCCAUGUGACCUGAUUGUAGACAAUGUGCGCGUAUUCGUUUUUGUGAAUGCAAUUUACUAAACAUAUUGCUUUACUGCCGAUAACAUCUCGAACAUUUGAAUUUUACACUGUUACUGCUUCUUAUUCGACUGAAUACUGAUAUUGUGCUUAGUUAUUCGUAAACACUAACGACCGCACUCGGAGAUAUUUUAUAAUUUAAUUAAGUUUAACCAUGUUAAUAAUUCAAGACGU